GGGCGUCCGCGAGCCCCAGCGGCCAAAGGUCGCAAAAGCUCCUGCGGAACCAGCAGCAGAUAGAAUGGAUGUCAGCAACGAAGAUACACUCGUCGAGGCUAUGCAAAGGACAAGUACGGCAUCUCCUGCCCCUCGACUUGAACACAUUGACUCCAAAGCCAUGAAUCGUGGUCCUAGGUUCACGAGCAAGCCCGUCACGCCCGAAUAUCUUGCUCAGCUUGCUGCUGGCAUCGAGCUGAUUUUCACCGACUAUGCGCAUCAGGAGGAGAUGCGAGCAAAGUGGCUCCAGAAACACUUUAGAACAACGGACGAAGGAGACAAGUUCGUUCAUCUCACUGCAAUCCUCGAGCAUCCGAACAUCUCAUCGAUGAAGCCCGAAGCCUCUCAAGUCCUCCUCCAGCAAGCACUCCACAACCACCCCUCUACCAUCAUUGAGAUUUCGCAGAACGGCUACUAUGUCCGCCGCAUACCGUCCUCGUAUCCUCCGACUUUUCUCCCCGAGAAUUCGUUCGAGGUAGUUGAUGAUGAUGGCCUGAGGUUUUGGGAUCAGCGUACUAUCUACAUCGAACCUCAUCUGCGCAACCUCUGCCAGACUCCUGCCAAAGUAGCUCAUUGGCUACAAGCACAUGGCCAAUUGCGUCCCAAGUGGCUCCCACUCCAAGCAGUGCAUAUGCUGUGGAACAGUUGCGCGUUUGUCGUUCUUAGUGGAAGUGUCAUACAUGACGAUAUCUGGUCAAAAUGGAGAGCAGCCGAAAAGCCAGAGAACUGGAAGAUCAUGACCAAGGUCGAACAUUCAAAGCGCACCGCCGAAUACGUCGCAUUGCUCGAGAAGCAGAAUAUCAAAGGCAUGCGCAAGUCCCAACUCGACGAUAGCAAACUUCCAGCGAUUGCACGCCCAGCGGUGUUUCCUAUCGACGUUGAAAUCGUCCCCACUGAGUAUUUAGCAGCGCCAAAAGACAAGAGGAAACGCAGAAAGCGAAAGGGCGCUAAGUCCAGUCUUCCUACUAACAAUACUGAGACUAAUCUGCCAGUUCAAGAAGCAGAAGACGAUGAGCCAAGUAGAAAGCGCCGAGCUUGAGUAUUCGUUCCUUUGUGCAACGAGUUACCUGACGAAAGGUGAAUUUCCGCCAUACUACCACAGUCGAGCAAUGCAAGGCUUACUAGAUAUGCUUCGUACAGCACUUGCUCAGCGCGUCUUGGAAUAGUGAAAUUCAAAUUGGCGUACUGCUAGCUGCGUUUUUGUUGAUCUCCCCAGCUUAUUACCCCGCUUACUGGCCAGUACUGACUUCUAAGCCACCGAAGAGGAUUAUCGGUCUGGAUCUUUGGCCAAUUCAUGCGAGCCGAGGCAUCCUGAACUUACGAGGGGGGAUUGCCGCGGCGUUGGCCUCAUCAUCCUAUUAUAGGCUUUCGGUCAUAGUAAUCGAUAAUUGAAUGGAAUUGUCAACCG